CUGACCACACCCUGAAGUCACUCCUGCAUAAAGCUGUCUCUUCCUGUAGAGUGUCACCAGCAGAAGAACAAGCACAGAGCAGCCCUGUCUAGGGAGCUCCCUUGGUUGCCAUGCCCAGGUACACAGUGCACGUGCGUGGGGAAUGGCUGGCCGUGCCCUGCCGGGAUGCCCAGCUCACCGUGGGCUGGCUGGGCCGGGAGGCCAUCAGGCGCUACAUCAAGAACAAGCCGGACAAUGGUGGCUUCGACUCGGUGGAUGCUGUAAACUUCCUUGUGCGCCGGUGCAAGGGCCUGGGCUUGCUGGACAAUGAUGACAUCCUGGAGGUGGCCUUGGAAGACAACGAGUUUGUGGAAGUGGUCAUAGAAGGGGAUGCCAUGUCUCCAGACUUCAUUCCAUCUCAACCAGAAGGUGUUUACCUAUACAGUAAAUACCGGGAACCUGAAAAGUACAUCGCCUUAGAUGGGGACAGUCUGACCACAGAGGAUCUGGUCAACUUGGGAAAGGGCCGUUACAAAAUAAAGCUCACCUCAAUUGCUGAGAAGAAGGUGCAGAAAUCCAGGGAAGUCAUUGAUAGCAUCAUAAAAGAAAAAACAGUUGUUUACGGCAUUACCACAGGUUUUGGGAAGUUUGCCAGAACUGUAAUUCCUAUAAACAAGCUGGAAGAGCUCCAGUUCAAUUUAGUACGUUCACAUUCUGCAGGUGUUGGGAAGCCACUAAUUCCUGAGAGAUGUCGGAUGCUCUUGGCUUUAAGGAUUAAUGUCUUAGCCAAAGGAUACAGUGGCAUUUCUUUAGAGACCCUCAAACAAGUUAUUGAAGUAUUUAAUGCCUCCUGCCUGCCCUAUGUUCCAGAGAAAGGAACUGUUGGUGCCAGUGGGGACCUGGCCCCUCUCUCUCAUCUUGCUCUUGGGCUAAUUGGAGAAGGAAAGAUGUGGUCUCCAAAGAGUGGCUGGGCUGAUGCCAAAUACGUGCUGGAAGCCCAUGGAUUGAAGCCAAUUGUUCUGAAACCCAAAGAGGGUCUGGCACUCAUCAACGGAACCCAGAUGAUCACCUCCCUGGGCUGUGAAGCUCUGGAGAGAGCCAGUGCAAUCGCAAAGCAAGCUGACAUCGUGGCGGCCCUGACCUUGGAGGUGCUCAAGGGCACCACCAAGGCCUUUGAUACUGACAUCCAUGCUGUUCGCCCUCAUCGUGGGCAAAUGGAAGUUGCUUUUCGGUUUCGCUCCCUCUUGGACUCUGAUCAUCACCCGUCUGAGAUAGCAGAAAGCCACAGGUUUUGUGAUCGAGUUCAAGAUGCAUACACCCUGCGCUGCUGUCCACAGGUCCACGGUGUGGUGAAUGACACAAUUGCAUUUGUGAAGGACAUCAUUACCACAGAACUUAACAGUGCAACAGAUAACCCUAUGGUCUUUGCCAGUAGAGGAGAGACUAUUUCUGGAGGCAACUUCCACGGAGAAUACCCAGCCAAAGCUUUGGACUAUUUGGCCAUCGGUGUCCAUGAACUUGCUGCAAUUAGUGAGAGAAGAAUUGAAAGACUCUGCAAUCCUUCCCUCAGUGAGCUGCCUGCCUUCCUGGUGGCUGAAGGUGGCCUGAACUCGGGGUUCAUGAUAGCCCACUGCACAGCAGCAGCCCUUGUUUCUGAGAGCAAGGCCUUGUGUCACCCCUCUUCUGUGGACUCUCUGUCCACCAGCGCUGCCACAGAAGACCAUGUCUCCAUGGGAGGAUGGGCAGCAAGGAAGGCCCUCAGGGUCAUCGAGCAUGUGGAACAAGUGCUGGCCAUUGAGCUCCUUGCUGCUUGUCAGGGCAUUGAAUUUCUGCGCCCCCUGAGAACCACCACUCCAUUGGAGAAGGUCUAUGACCUAGUGCGCUCUGUUGUAAGACCCUGGAUAAAAGACCGAUUCAUGGCCCCAGACAUUGAGGCAGCACAUCGGCUGCUGGUAGACCAGAAGGUCUGGGAAGUAGCCGCACCGUACAUUGAAAAAUACAGAAUGGAGCAUCUUCCAGAAUCAAGACCCAUUUCUCCUACAGCAUUUUCCUUGCAAUCCCUGCGUAAGAAUUCCACCAAACUCCCAGAGUCUGAAGACCUUUAAUUGGUUUUGUCACGGAGGAGCAAAGCAGAUGACAUCUACAGCAGUAUUAAGCUGAGGGCGACCAGAGAACUUGCCCACAUAUAUCAAUCUAUUAUGUAAUUCUGUUUUCUCAAAACCUGCUUUG